AUGACCCUCUCGUACAGCGGCCGGGUGCUGGCCGCGAUGAUCCUCCUGGGCGUCCCGGCGGCCGUCCUGGCGGCGCUGGGCGUGAGUGGAUGGAUCCUCGCACAGAUCUUGUUUCCCCCAAAGCUGGGCUACCCCUCCCUCCCCAGCCUGCCCCAGCCAGCUCCAGCUCCUGAGUCCUUUCUCCCUGCCCCCCUUCAUCCUAGGUCUGACUGGUUUUUCUACGACUGCCGCCUCCUCAGACAUGUGGCCCUUGGCCUCUUCUGUUGCGGGGUCUCUGUCUACUUAGCAGCACUGUCCAUCUAUGCCCUGCUGCUCUUUGAGAUUGAGACGGGAGCAGCAGCCGCCUCCAUCCUCGGCUUGGGUGCCCUGGCCCUGGUGGCCGUACUGACCCACACUCUGCUCCGGGCUGCCCGAGCCACCCGCCGUGGCCUCCAUGAGCUGUCCCCACCGCACUUUGAAGACGACCCUGUCCGCUCCACUGAAGUCUCCAAGGCCAGCCCCGGGGCUCAGCCCCAGCAGGGUACCCACCACCAAACUCCCUACUCAUUCUGCCUAGACCCUGGGGACCCCCUCAGACCCUCAGUCACUGCCUCGCUGCCUGCAGCUGUGAGGGGCAGCCAGGAGAGCAGCCUGCCUGCAUCCCGCAUGCACCGGACGUUGUUGGCUGGUGGUGGGCACUGGGAAGGAGUCACCCAUGAGAUGCGCAGCAUGCUGGGCCACAAGCCAGGGGGUUCGGGGAAAGACUCCACACUGGUGUGAGCUCAGGUAUCAGGGACAGAGUUGGUGUCAGGUAAAGAGCACUCUGUAGAGAUAUGCCCAGGAUCAGUCACAGUAGCAAUACAAUUUGAUUUCUCUUUCAGUUCACAGCAUCCCUGGCUUUUGUCCUCAAGAUUGCCUCAUGGCACAAAGUGGCUGCCAGGGCCUUCACGUCCUCAUUCAGAGAAAAGCAGAGGCCAGGGCUGGCUCAGCAUCUUUUCAAAGUCUUCCUGAGAGGCCUUGGGGCCUUUCUGCUUAUACUUCACUGACCAGAACAGUCACAUGGCCACAAUUUGCUACAGGGGAGACUGGGAAAUGUAGCUGAGAAGACAAAUGAGGUUCUAUGAUAGGCAGGAGGGGAGAGUGGGGCUUAGGCAGUGGUUCUCUAAAUGUCUCCGUCCAUUUUACAGAUGAGGAAACCGAGGCCCACAGAGGGGCAGUGGCUCACCAAGGGUCCCCCGGCCAGUACUGAGCAUCAGAGCCAGGUCCUGUAACCCCCAUGCUGCUGACAGUGCAAGUCUCUGCGACUCCUUCCGGUCUGUGAGCGUUUGAAACCUUUGUGUGCAGAGCUCAGAGCAGCCCAGGGCCACAGCAGCCCUGAAGGGCUACACCCAGACUCCUGGCUGUGGGUCUGUGGCUGAGGGCUUCACCACUCCAUGUCUCAAUUUCCUUGUCUAUAAAAUGGGGACAGAAUUGGUCCCUCUGCCUAGGGCUCCCAUGAAACUCUGUAAGCCAUUCCAGGGGCCUGUGCAUAGUAGGUUGUCAAUGUGUGUCAGCCUGUGCUGCUGUCAGUCGGGGCACCUGGUAGCUGGAAAAGAUGGGCUGAUGGCCAGUUUCUGGGGCUCACAAAACUGACAAGGCUUGGAGUGGAUAACUCAGAGCCCUAGGAGUCUCCAGCGGCCCUUGCCUCACUCCCAUCCUGCAGGACCUGCAAAUAAACUAGCCCUCACUUUCUCCAUGUCACUUGAGCCACAUCUGAAUGUGCUUUGUGGCCAAGCCCAGGCUUGGGGUAAGGGGUGGGGUGACAGGAGUGAGGGCGGGAAGGGCAGGAGUGGGAAACA